AUGUUUGCCAAAUAUCUCACAGCUGAUGCAAAAGGUGAGACAAUUUUACAAUGUAUGCAGCAGUAUUUUGAAAAGCACAAUAUACCUUUUAGCAAUAUUACUGCAGUGGAUACUGAUGGUUCACCAGCGAUGGUGGGUUGGUACAGAGGAUUUGCAAGCCUACUCAAACAGAAAGUGCCUGAUGUACGUACCGAACACUGUGUACUGUACAGACAACAUCUUGUAGGCAAGAAACUAAGUGAUGGACUGCAUGAUGCUUUGAAAGUGUGCAUUAGGGCAAUUAACAAAAUCAAAGCACAUCCACUUAACUCACGAUUGUUUGCGCUGCUGUGUGAAGAAAAUGAUGACAUGUAUAAGCAAUUACUCCUGCACACUGAGGUAAGGUGGCUCUCUAGGGGUCACAGCUUGCAAAGACUUGUUGACUUAUAUGACUUAACUGUUCAGUUCCUGGGAGACGUGGACUCAUCUUUAUGUGAAGAGUUUAAAAAAUGCAAAAAUUCCUUGUUCUAUUUAGCAGACCUCUAUUCUAAAUUUAAUGAGACACUAAACCGACUACAAGGUAAAGAUGUUACCAUCAUUCAGGCCAAGACAGUUUUACUAUGGUUCCAAGGCAAGCUUAGCUUGUUUAGAGCUUUACUGUCACAUAUAGAAAUUUACAUGACUCAUUUGGAGAAUUUAGUUGAAGACUUUGAAGGGCGCUUUGAAGACCUGGAAAAAGUAAAAGUGCCAGAUUGGAUUCUAAGUCCGUUUGAUUUUGAAAUAAGGAAUGUAGAUGUUGCCUCACACCUGGAAGAGGAAUCCAUUGACAUGACUGUGGACCUUGAAGCAAGUGCCUUGUUCAGAAGAAAAGAACGACGUUGCUAA